GUAUAUCCAUAAUCUUUGCUUGAAGAGAGUGUUGUCGGAGAGCAGACUUUAGAAAAGCUUCUGGACAGUGCGAGAGCCUUCACGAACAGAAAGGGAAGAGAAAGCAUGGCUUUAAACCUUACCAUCAACAGUAGCAACCCUCCUUUAGGGGCGCUGUUGGCAGCUGAGCAUGUGAAGGGCAGCGUGAACCUGUCUGUGGAUGAGGGCAAAGACAACAAGCUCCGUGUCUCAGAGUCAGUGCAGUUCAGCGACGUGAACUCCAUCACUCGCUACCUUGCCCGUGUGACUCCCACUCUGAGCUUGUACGGCUCCAACAUGCUGGAACAAACUGAGGUGGACCACUGGCUGGAGUUCAGUACGCGGCGCGUGUGUGGACAGUCGGGCCUAGCUACAGCCCUGGAGGAGCUGGACAAGGCCUUGGCUCUGCGCACAUUCCUGGUGGGCCACAGCCUGACUCUGGCCGACCUCUGUGUGUGGGCUGCGCUCAAAGGUAGCAACGAGUGGCAGUCAAUCCAGAAGCAGGCGGGGGCAUUCUCUCACGUGGCUCGCUGGUUUUCCUUUCUAGGCUCCCAAGUGCCCUUUACUGCAGUGGGCAACAAGUAUGCCAACAGCAAGGCCCCUCCUCACAAGUCCGAUGAAAAGAAGCAGGACUUGGGCAAGUUUGUUGAAUUGCCGGGAGCCGAGAUGGGAAAAGUGGUGGUUCGCUUCCCCCCUGAGGCCAGCGGGUAUCUGCACAUUGGCCACGCCAAGGCUGCCCUGCUCAACCAGCACUACCAGGUGACAUUCAAGGGCAAGCUCAUCAUGCGCUUCGACGACACCAACCCAGAGAAGGAGAAGGAGGACUUUGAGAAGGUGAUCCUGGAGGACGUGGCCAUGCUGCAGAUCAAGCCUGACCAGUUCACCUACACCAGCGACCACUUCCCUCGCAUCCAGGGCAUGGCGGAGCAGCUGCUGAGGGAGGGCAAGGCCUACAUCGACGACACGCCCCCAGAGCAGAUGAGGGCGGCAAGGGAACAGCGCACCGAGUCCCACCACCGCAGCAACUCGGUGGAGCAGAACCUGAAGAUGUGGGAGGAGAUGAAGGCGGGCACGGAGUACGGCCAGACGUGCUGCAUGCGGGCCAAGAUUGACAUGGCCUCCAACAACGGCUGCAUGCGCGACCCCACCCUCUACCGCUGUAAGAAUGCCCCCCACCCCCGCACUGGCAGCACCUACAGGGUGUACCCCACGUACGACUUUGCCUGCCCCAUCGUUGACAGUGUGGAGGGCGUGACUCAUGCGCUGCGCACAACAGAGUACCACGAUCGCGACGACCAGUUCUACUGGGUGAUCGAGGCGUUAGGUCUGCGCAAGCCCUACGUCUGGGAGUACGCCCGGCUCAACCUCAACAACACUGUGCUCUCCAAGCGCAAGCUCACCUGGUUCGUAGACCAGGGCUAUGUCGAUGGCUGGGACGACCCUCGCUUCCCAACUGUCAGAGGUGUCCUGCGCAGAGGAAUGACCGUCGAGGGCCUCAAGCAGUUCAUCGCUGCCCAGGGUGGAUCCAGGUCUGUGGUCAACAUGGAAUGGGACAAGAUCUGGGCCUUCAACAAGAAGGUUAUCGACCCAGUGGCCCCCAGAUACACGGCCCUGUCAGGAUCCUACUCAGUCCCUGUCGUCAUCCCUGAGGCAACAGAGGAGAUGAAGGAGGCCGUCAAACACCCCAAGAACACAGAGGUGGGGAUGAAAGCGGUGUGGUACGGACCCAGGGUGCUGGUGGAGGGGGCAGAUGCAGAGACCUUCACAAAGGGAGAGAUAGUCACCUUCAUCAACUGGGGAAACAUUAUCAUCACCCAGAUCCACAAAGAUGCCAGCGGUAAGGUCACCUCCCUGGACGGCAAACUGAACCUGGAGAACAAGGACUACAAGAAGACCACCAAGAUCACGUGGCUGGCCGAGACCCCCCGCGCGCCCCUGCUGCCCACCGUCUGCGUCAACUACCAGCACCUCAUCACCAAGCCUGUCAUAGGCAAGGAGGACGACUUCAAGGAGUACAUCAACAAACAGAGCAAGCUGGAGGAAAAGAUGCUGGGAGACCCCUGUCUGAAGGACCUGAAGAAGGGUGACAUCAUCCAGCUGCAGAGGCGGGGCUUCUACAUCUGUGACCAGCCCUACGAGCCAAUCAGUCCCCACAGCUGCAAGGAGAGUCCCUGUGUGCUGCUGUUCAUCCCCGAUGGCCACACCAAGGAGAUGCCCACCGCCGGCUCCAAGGAGAAGUGCAAGGCCACCACCACCACAGCUCCCUUCCCAGCCACGUGCCAAGGCGCUCCCGUCUCUGCCCCAGCUAGCGAUGCCUGCGCCGUUUUCUUUGGCAUCGUGGCUCAAGGUGAGAAGGUACGCGAUCUAAAAACCGCCAAGGCCCCCAAGGAGAAGGUGGACAAAGUGGUAAAGGAGCUACUGUCACUCAAAGCCCAGUUCAAGCAGCUGACUGGCCAGGACUACAAACCAGGCAUGGCCCCACCCGCCAGCUCCACCACUCAGAAGGCCGCAACCCCCGCACCUUCUGCUGACUCCACCUCCUGCCCCUUUGCUUGCAUCACCCAGCAGGAGGAGCUGAAGUCCGAGAAGGCCUCCAAGGACCAGAUGGACGCAGCCGUCAAGCAUCUGCUGUCACUCAAAGCAGAGUACAAGCAGGUGACUGGCCAGGACUACAAACCAGGCAUGGCCCCAGCCACCAGCCCUGCCCCUGUCCAGGCUAGCCCCGCCCCCGAGGCCCAGUCUAGCUCCUCCGUUAAGGUGCUCUUCUCCCAGGUGUCCCAUCAGGGGGAGUUAGUGAGGAAGCUGAAAUCGGAGAAGGCUCCGAAGGACCAGCUGGAUGGUGCCGUGAAGCAGCUUCUGGGCCUGAAGACCCAGUAUAAGGCCCUCACAGGAGAGGAGUAUAAACCUGUGGCUUCCGCCGGAGCCUCAGGCGGAGAGGACAAGAACCGCAAAGACCGAGAGAACAAGUCUGAGAAACAGGGAGGUGGUAGUGGCGGAGGAGGAGGGAAGAAGCAGCCCAAGGGAGACAAAGUCAAGGAGGUCUCGUCGGGAGGCGCAGGGGGAGGAGGAGGAGAGGGGGGUCCCAAGAAACAGACACGACUGGGACUGGAGGCUAAGAAGGAGGAGAACCUGUCUGAUUGGUACUCUCAGGUAAUCACUAAGGCGGAAAUGAUUGAGUACUACGAUGUGAGCGGCUGCUAUGUACUGCGGCCCUGGUCAUACUCCAUCUGGGAGUCCAUCAAGGAGUUCUUUGACCGCGAGAUCAAGAAGCUGGGCGUGGAGAACUGCUACUUCCCCAUGUUUGUCUCACAGGCUGCCCUGGAGAAGGAGAAGUCCCACAUCGCGGAUUUUGCCCCCGAGGUCGCCUGGGUGACGCGUUCAGGGAACACUGAGCUUGCCGAGCCCGUCGCUAUCCGACCCACUAGUGAAACUGUGAUGUACCCUGCCUACUCCAAAUGGGUCCAGUCCCACAGAGACCUCCCCAUCAAACUCAACCAGUGGUGCAACGUUGUGAGGUGGGAGUUCAAGCACCCCCAACCCUUCCUGAGGACCAGAGAGUUCCUGUGGCAGGAGGGACACACGGCUUUCGCCACCAAAGCGGAGGCCACCGAAGAGGUGUUACAGAUCCUGGACCUGUAUGCGCGGGUGUACGAGGAGCUCAUGGCCAUCCCUGUGGUAAAGGGCAGGAAGACUGAGAAAGAGAAGUUUGCCGGAGGUGACUACACUACCACCGUGGAGGCCUUCAUCUCUGCCAGUGGCAGAGCCAUUCAGGGCGCCACGUCCCAUCACCUGGGACAGAACUUCUCGCGGAUGUUUGAGAUUGUGUUUGAGGACCCCAAGAAGCCAGGUGAAAAGCAGCUGGCAUAUCAGAACUCGUGGGGUAUCACCACCCGCACCAUCGGCGUGCUCACCAUGGUCCACGGUGACAAUAUGGGCCUGGUGCUGCCCCCCAAAGUCGCAUGUCUCCAGGUGAUCGUCAUCCCAUGUGGUAUCACGGCCUCCCUGCCCGAGGCUGAGAAAGAGGUUCUCUUGGCCCAGUGCUCCAAGUACCUGGCUCGGCUGCAGAGGGGAGAGAUCCGAGUCAAGGCAGACCUCCGAGAAAACUACUCCCCUGGCUGGAAGUUUAACCACUGGGAGCUCAAGGGUGUGCCCAUUCGUCUGGAAGUGGGUCCUAAGGACCUGAAGCAGGGUCAGUGUGUGGCCGUGAGGAGAGACACAGGGGAGAAGAUCACCCUGCCCGAGGCCGACACAGAGAAGAGGCUCACACAGCUACUGGAGGACAUCCAGACCAACCUCUUCAAGAGGGCAUCAGAUGACUUGAACAAGCACAUGGUGGUAGCAGACUCUAUGGAACAGUUCCAGAAAGAUCUAGACCAGGGCAGGAUUGUCCAGAUCCCCUUCUGUGGAGGAAUUGAGUGUGAAGACUGGAUCAAGAAGACCACUGCCAAGGACCAGGAUCUGGAGCCCGGUGCCCCCUCUAUGGGUGCAAAGAGCCUGUGUAUCCCCUUCAAGCCCCUGCAGCCCCUGCAGCCGGGCCAGAUGUGUGUCAGCGGCAAGGAGGCCGCCCAGUACUACACUCUGUUUGGCCGUAGCUACUAAAUACACACCGGAAGGGUGUAUCUCAAUCGUCUGAAAUGGCUUCCUCUCCUCGUCACUUCUCCUUUGUCUGGGAAAUGUGAAGAACUAGAUUGUUGAAAACCAAGAAAUUCUCUGGGUGUUUCCCCCUAUCAUGCUCUUUUGAAUGAGCGGAGAUGAAGUCACUUCAGACUAUUGAGAUGUACCGAGUUAACACCCCAUAGUGUGUUCCCUUUCUUUCAGCCCUUAACCAUGUUGCAAUGGUGGCCCAACCCCUCGAAAGUGACUAAAGAAAGGCACUCUCCGUAAUCAGCUAUUAUCUCCCCACUAGCCCCAAAUGUAACAAAAAAAGCAAUUUUUAUACCCGGUGACAGUCUUGUCUCUUUCUCCCUCCCACCCUAACUUAUCUCAGGACCUUUUACAGGUAUAAAAGAUGUCCUUGUACUCAGGCAAGAUGUUUUAGUACCUCCCCACGAACUGAACUGACAUUGACCACUCUCUGUCAUAGCAAUUGGGGGUGGACUAGGGGGUGGUGAGGGUUGUUUCCUGGAGGUUUUCGACACGUUAUUCCUGUGUAUCAACUCAUAGGAAUACUCAUAGAUCCUAUUAAACUACUAGAGGGGCUAUGUCAUAAACAACCCUCGAAGCUCCAGAAUGUGGUGAAAAUAGCAGCCAUAGAAGCAGUAACAAGGUCAAUGGAUCUCAACCAAAACAAUGGAAAUGCGUGGGGGAAAGAUCCCGAAUCUUCUCAUUGCCCCCAGCAAAAUGUUCCUACAUUUAGGCUGUUGUUGUGUAUUUCACACUGUUGAGGUGAAACAAAUGUAAAUAAUGCUUGUAAUAAUCAACUGGAUUACAGUUAAAAACAACUGACUACCACAACCGAUUUCUCUAUGCUAGCUGUGCUACCAGCUUAUACGAACGGGAGUUAGCAUUUAGCAGUUACUUCUUCUAAACCUGAAAAGGAACUACUUCUAAGUGUUAUGCAGCGUAAACGUCUAAAUAUAUCCAAAUCUGCCUUUAGUAACCACAUUGUGGGCCUGCUAAAGUACAUCAAUAAUGAGGGAUUUGAUGAAUAUCCAAUUUGUUCGAUCAGAUUUGUUGAAUGUGCGCCAAUCCGACGUCCUUUUUAUCCCCCACGGUCUACGUUCCAUUGACCUCUUUACCACAUCUAUAUUGGUCAGGGAGAAAUCCGAACCAGUCUAAUUGAAAUUGAUGGCAGUAGAGGCAUAAUCCUGAUUUUUCUUAUGCAGGGAAAUAAAAGUAAGGCAUGUGAUUUCAGAAAUUGUGUAUUAGAAUUGUGAACUUAAAAUAUUGUAAUAUAAUUAUAAGUUGAGUUUUUAUACGGGUUUAUUGCGAAUGCUGUGUAUAAAUAGCCUCUAAAACAGGGCUGUCCAACUAUUCCUGGAGAGCUAACCUCCUGUAGGUUUUUGCUCCAACCCCAGUUGUAACUAAAAUGAUUCAGUUUAUCAACCAGCUAAUUAUUUGAAUCCGUUGCGCUAGAUUAGGGUUGGAGCGAAAACCUACUGGACAGUAGCGCUCCGGGAACAUGGUUGGAGAGCACUGCUCUAUAAUAUAUAUGGAAAAAGACCAUAAAUGUCUGCAUUUUUAUUUUCUUGGAAAGCUGUGAGUGCUAUUAUAUGAUACAAUAUCAAUACUUGUUGCAUUUACAACUUUUUUUGAAGUACUAUCAUCAACUGAUUUGAGACAGGCUGUGGAUUGACAGCAUUGUUUGAAUGGAAUGUUGUCAUAUUGGCAGUUAAUUUGAAAAAUGUAUUGAAUCAUUCCUCUGAAGCUGGCUAGCUAGCUAACAAACAUACAGUGCAGAUACAUUCUUCAAAUUCAUUAUUUAACACUAUUUGUCACAGCACUGGCAAACCAUGGUUGACCAUCUCCCUGACCAAAAUGGCUGACCUUUGUCCCACCAGAAGAAGGUUCAUGUCCAUUCUAGCAUCCUAAUUCUAUUGGAAUACGUACUAUGACAUACCUGUACUGUAAUCUCUGAUUUACUCCAACUAAUGCAAUUGUAGAACUUGUCUAUAAAAAUAAAGGGACUCUGAAUUUCUA